CACUGAGUAAGGUUGUAUAUCGCUGCAAAAGCGAAACUACGUCUACUUGGAUAAAAACAACAAUCGGCUUUAUAAUUAACUACAAACGGCUAUUUGUUGCAUACGACCGAAAUAGAGUGGAAAGGAUUGGAGUCGCACGAGAUAGAAGCCCUGUUAUUGUGUUCAUGCUAAAAUGGAGACACGGUCACGUAAACGUAUGAAACUGUGCCAUGAAGUGGUGGAAGAUCCAACAGUGUCUGCUGUAUUCAAUGCGACAGAGUUCAUGGACAUGAAUGAUGACGUUUUGUAUGCGUUGUGUCAACGAUUGCCGCUGAAAGAUUUAUGUUCAAUAAGUCGAACGUGUACACGAUUGCAGCAAUUGGCCGGUGAGUGUUAUCAACGUCGUUAUCCAAAUAAUCGUGUUGACAUCGAGGUAUACAAUUGGACAACACCAAAUGACACGGAAAUCAAACCGAAAUGGGAAUACCGUACAUUGCCAAAAGAAGACUAUGCCAAAGCAUUUCGUGGAUACAUUCGGAACGUCAGUUUAUUUAUGUUCAACAUGAAUGCCGAUCCCAUGAAUGCAUUUCGAUUUUUGAAAUCGAAUUGCUAUGCAAAUCUGCGUGAAUUGACACUAUACCGUAUUGUUUGCAAAACAGAAUCGUACGGUAAAUUGAUUCAGACGCAAUUGAAGACAUUGGAAAGUAUUUAUUUUGUAAAUUGUCACAUUUAUGAUUUAUACGGUGCCUUUCUCAAGCAUUGUCCGGCAUUACGGCAAAUUUUCAUCCAAGAAACACGAAUUGUAAAGGAUUGCACCAUGGAAUGGACAAAACAUCAUUAUCCACAAUUGAAACAUUUUACGUAUCAUUCGCAUAAUGUUCUCGUCGACAGUUUGGACGAUUUUCUUGGCCACAAUCCACAAAUCACCAACAUUGUUUGCUCCAGCACAAAACUAUAUCGAUUAUUACAACAAAAAAAAUUCCCAUUGAAUUUAUUGCAUGUCAAAUUGGACCGUGAAUAUAAAUUUCAUGUGCUCUCGUACGAAAUGGAAAGAUAUUGUGCACUGGGCAUAUUGAAGCGAUUGGAAGUAUCGUUUCUAAAUGGAUGGGAACCAUCACGAUUCGAAAUUGGACGCGUUGCUGAAUUAUCACCAUUGACACAGUUACAGGGAUUACACGUCAAACAAGUGGCCAAAAAACUCAACUUUGCCAACUUUCUGGAGGGUUUCAAACAAUUGAAGGUGCUGAGCAUUGGCAUUGAUCAUAUUUCAAAGAAAUUACUACAGGUAUUGUCACGAUUACCGAAUCUCGAAGAAUUACAUUUAACCUCCUCAUGGACUAGCGAAAAUGUUUGCGGACUACGUUUCAAGGAAUUUGUACGACCGUUUGCUGUUCAUGCGACAAACAUCAAAAUAAUCUGCAUCCGGAAUGUCACAAGUACUGCGCUAAUCACCGGCAAUGAUGUUGUCGCCAUUCAUACGUUGCGCAAAAAUACAACGAAUCCACGUCCAAUCACCAUUUACCUCGAUUAUAAAGUCAUUGAAGAUGCUACAUACAACGAACCACCAUCCAACAGUCUGGUGAUCAUCAAACCAUUCUCACAAAUGACGCCGGAAUAUCGAAAAACCUAUUAAAUUGAUUUUAAUAGGGUGAUUGAACUCGAACCUGUAUAUUUUAGUAUAGGACUUUCUGAUUCAGUAAGAUUUAUGUUAUUUAGUUUUUCUUAGAAACAGGAAUUUGAUAAAAUCUUAAUACUAAUUUCUCUUUCGAAAAGAGAAGACAAAAAAAAACAAUAAU